AUGAACCCCGAACGAAUAGCAGAAGCAUUUAAUGCAGUCAUAUUCGCAUUCAACGUGGAUAUACCUCCGUCUCUAGCCGUACAGGCAAAGCAGAACAAUAUAGAAGUGAAAAGACACAACGUUAUUUACAAAUUGGUGGAUGAGGUGAAGCAGCCAAUCAAUGGGAAGAGUCCCACAACACAGCAUGAGGAGCUUAUUGGUAGAUAG